AGCUGAUCACAGCUGAUGGCAGCUGGCAACUCGAGUGACAGAUAAGUGACAGAUUUUCGCGUGUUAUUCGCUACUUGUGACACUUGUUAGUUAAAGCCAUAGACAUAUAUAUAUGUUUAUGAUUGAAGCAUUGUUUGCUUAUAGUAAUUUGAACAUUGAACACCAAACAAUUGUAUCCUACAAGGAUAUAUCGAGAUGGAACCGCAGGAUAUUUAUUAUAACAAAGCCGAAUACGUUGAAACGGCAUCAGGAAAUAAGGUGAGCAGGCUGACAGUAUUGUGCGGCUCGCAGAACAUUGUAUUGCACGGAAAAGUGAUAGUACAAUCCGACGCUAUCAUUAGAGGUGAUCUGGCCAAUGUCAGGACUGGUCGCUAUUGCAUAAUUAGCAAGAAUGCAGUCAUCCGACCGCCUUUCAAAAAAUUCAGCAGAGGGGUUGCCUUUUUUCCUUUAACAAUGGGAAAUCACGUGUUUGUGGGAGAGCGGGCCGUCGUAAAUGCAGCAUUAGUCGGUUCUUACGUUUACAUAGGGAAGAAUGCCAUAAUUGGCAGACGAUCGGUUCUAAAGGACUGUUGCUACAUCGAGGACGGUGCGGUCGUGCCACCUGAGACUAUCGUACCGUCCUUCACCCGUUACGCUGGCAGUCCGGCGACAUGUAUCGAAGAACUGCCUGAAUGCACGCUGGAUCUUAUGAUAGACUUCACGAAGAAUUAUUACGAGCACUUCUUACCGGCGCGGGUUUAACGCUUGUCCAGCGAUACACGUACGGUAGCCUAUGGUAUUUUGACCCGAGUCAAAAAGUUUGAUCUUUUCAGUCGUGUGUCAUAUUGAGAAAAUGAUUUGUCACUCGUAGUGAAAUAUGAUCAAUUAUUAGAGGGAGAAAGAGAGAAAAGAAAAAAUCAAAGCUGUAAGAAAAUACAGUUGAAAAGAACGACUCUAAGAUCGGCCGCAUAAAUUUUUUAUAUUUUUUACUUUGAUUAAAUAAAAAAUAUUCCACAUUUUUAUAAUACAAUUUAAAAUAGAGUAAUUUUUAAAUAUUUGUGCGCAUGUGUCGUAGUUUUGAAAUCGCUAUCGCGGCCAAUUUUAACUGUCGUUCUCUUUAUCUGUGACACUUUGUACGCAAUUAUUCCAAGAUUAAAUGACACGCAGUGUCAUUAAC